GGUGGACGGCGCGCGCGCGCGAGUGACUGACUGACGGUUAAAAGUCGGUUGAGACGGACCAACGUAAUUAUCGCUUAUUAAUAUAUCUGCCAUUAUAUAGUUUAACCGUCCGACAGAAUCACUGAAGAUUUUUUACUGUCAGCUUUAUCUGGGGUUUGUUACAGUCAUCAUGGCUUGUGAACAGAAAUUGCGCCCUGUUCAGAGCUGUCAGAUGCUGCCUGAUGUGGUGUCCACCGAACAACAGUCACUGGUGCUUGUGAAGAAGCUUUUAGCCAUUGCGGUCUCAAGCAUCACUUACCUCAGAGGUCUUUUCCCAGAAAAGGCCUAUGGACACAAAUAUGUUGGAGAGCUGAAAGUCCUAAUACUGCGAGAGCAUAGCUGUCCUGGUGCUCAGCAGAUUGUGCAGUGGUUGCAGGGAUGUUUUGAUGCACUUCAAAAAAGAUACCUGCGCAUGGUUCUUCUAUCAAUUUACUGUGAUCCAGACAAUCCACAGAAAGUGACCGAAUGCUACCAGUUUAAAAUCAAGUACACAGAGAACGGACCUCAGAUGGACUUUGAGAGCAAAAAUGGGCAGAUUGAGAGUAAAAUGGCCUGUGACAACACCCAGAAAUCCAGUAUUCUGCUUGUGCGCAAACUUUACAUGCUGAUGCAACAUCUCGGCCCGCUGCCUGACAACAUCUGCCUCAACAUGAAACUCUUCUACUAUGAUGAGGUGACCCCUCAGGAGUAUCAGCCACCUGGCUUCAAGGACGAUGACAAUGAGACGCUGUUGUUCAAGAGGGAACCAGUAAAUCUGACCAUGGGAGAGGUGGUCACACCUUUUCAUAGCCUCAGAAUGAAUAUCACCACUGAGCUAAAGAGACUUGAGACGUUUGAUGAGGAGGAGGUAGUAUGUGUGAGUACAAAAUGGUCUUUGAAUAUGUUUGAGGAUGGAGUGAUGUCUGAGACCUCAGUUCAGCAGGAGUGUACAACAAAAGAGAAUGUCAUCACUGAUGCAGGCAUUGAAUACGCAGAAACUCAGGAAAACUCACAACAGGGUCACAGAAGUAGCAAGGAGGAUCUAAAAAAUCUAAAAAAUGCAAAGAUGGACAGUCUGGUAAAGAAAACUGCUGACCUUAAGGUGGAUGCAAGGAAGACCAGGAGCGGACGCAUCUUUGACCCUCACAUCUCUCAGUUAGAGUUCCCGCUAAGCCAAGAUCCCCAGCCAUCAGCCCCGAAGAGGCGCAAAGUCAGUGUACCUAAAGAACAUUGACUUGUACACUCACAGUAUUUCUAAUACAGCCACACAGCAAACAUGCUGUUUAUUUAUUUAUUUAUAUAUUUUUUUGGAUUAAUUUAGUUGCAUUGUUAAGUUUUAUGGUUCAAGGGAAUGUGAUAACACAAGGAGUGCAUAAAAUGAAUUUUGUAUUUUGUUAUUUAUGUUAGUUUUCGAUCAUAUUUCGCUUUCAGUGCCAGGAGAUGUUAGUAGCGUUGCAAGAUUUAGUCACUACAGCUACAGUACUGUGUGCAGAUAAGUACUGAGUCCACUAGAUGGCAGCAUGCACUGGGCCUGACUUUUUGUAUUAAAACAGUGAUUCCAUUAAAAAAAAAAUAACGUGCAGUUUUCUGUAGUAAAGCAGACAGUUUUAUGGAUGUACUUGAACCUGAGUGAUAUAAUUUAAUGAAUAAUGAGUUUUAGAGUUUAUGUCUAGAGAAGCGCAGAUAUUAGACUACAGAUAUUUGAACAGAAAACUAGAUUUGGCUUUGUUUUCUAAUGCUAAUCUAUAGCGCUAAGCAGCAUAGCAUUUACCAGUACGAUUGGAGAUGUCGGUGAGUUGUUUAAAUGUAUAUAAAAAUUAAUCUACAAAAGCAUUAGCAGCAAAUGUAGGCUGUAAAGUCAAGGCCUGAAUCUUCUUGUAUAUUUGCAUCUGCUAACAGUCAACUGGCAACAAUCAACUGUUUAAAAUAUGAGUUUUAUUAUUACUUGUAAAUAUUGUUUUGUUUUUAAAAAUCUUAUGUCUACUUGGGGAAAAAAAUGCAUAGCAAUGGUUGUUUUGCAACCAUAUUCUAGAAUUCCAUUGUAACAGUAGUAGUCCCUGUUUACAGCAGCAUUCACUUUAUCUAGUUCCAAAAUAUUUGUUGGCUCAUUGCCUGAGUGUUCUAUGAAGUUGGCAAGAGACAAAAGCAUCUCAAAAAAACAAUUCCAGAUAUGCAGUUUCAGGCUUGGCUGUAAAACACUGUCUCUGGGACUUGAUUUGUCACUGAUCAGAAACCUCAGAAGCCCCUUUGCCCAUUCACACAAGAGCUUUUGGUAUUGACAGCGGAGUUUCGACCAUUUAGCAUCUUCUCUGCCUAGUUUACAGCAGUAGUCAUGUUUACCUCACAUUGAUGACGCAAACAUAUCUCAGUUUGGACCUGAAAGUACAAUGUAAAAAGAGACCUGUGGGGGGAGGGAGAGGGUAGUGGAGUUUGGACCAAGCAAUCGAACUAGUUAGCUGCUGUCAGGCUGUGUAUCUAUGUGUGGGGGGUGUUAUCACCCCUCAGGGCUUCAGAGAGGGGGGCUUCAGACAUUUAGCAAGGGACUGUGAUCCCCUGACCUUGCCAGAAGGGUAGAAAAUGUUUUGCUGCUGAUUAGCAAUUCUUCAGCUUAGCAGCUUGGCUAAACUUUUAGUGCAAUUUAAUUUUUUUCUGUUGUAAAGAACGGCAACAAAAAUGCUUAAAUUAGUUUUCAUUGUAAUAAAAAUACAGAAGAGUUUCA